AUGCGAUUUCAAGCUGCGGCCACCAUCGGCCUCAUCACCUCAUUCCUCUCAUUCGCAGCAGCCGCAGACCGUGUUUUGAGAGGCGGUUCGCCAGAGUCUGUCGGUCUUCUGCCGGAGCCACUUGCACAAAUGCAGAUGAAUCUGAGCCAAUAUACUCGCCCAGCAAACUAUGGAUCCCACUCGUACGAUGAAGUACAUCCCAUUUUACCGGGAGGCUCUGUUAUCGUCGGCCACAAGGCAGCCGUCGUGAGCUCAUUCGCCUUCGGCAAUGCCAGUUUAUAUGCUGAUGCAAAUGGCACGCUUCUUCCACCGGACGCGUGGGUCUCGACAAGAAUGGACACGAUUUAUGACAUGGCUAGCUUAACGAAGGUAUUUACGGCUAUCACAGCAUUACGAGUCAUCGAUGACGGGAAAUUGGAUCUACACAAACCAGUCGCGUCCUAUAUUCCCGAGUUCGCAACAAAUGGGAAAGGAAAUGUCACCGUCCUGAUGCUGCUCACUCAUACCAGCGGGUUCCCUCCUGAUCCCGAACCAGGGCUAUACGACCCGAGCUAUGAGAAUAUGCAGCAGCGCGUCGAAGCAAUCAUUCAACAUAAGCUGGUCAAUCCUCCUGGGUCAACCUAUACGUACUCGGACCUCAAUUUUAUGAACCUGCGCUUCAUGUUAGAGAAAGUCACCGGAACGCCAUUUGAAGAUCUUGUGCAUUCUUGGACUCGAAAUUUGGGAAUGACUAGUACCUUCUUCAAUAAGGGUAAUAUCAGAGCUGAGUCAUUGGGAUUUUAUUCACGCAUGGCACCGACCGAGUACCAAAUUGAAGUCCUCGGCUCCUCUGAGCCUAAACGUCCCCAACCGGUGCGGGGCACUGUACACGACGAGAAUGCCUGGGCUUUGAAUGGAGUGAGUGGACAUGCGGGUCUUUUUGCUUCCGCGGGCGAUGUGGCCAUUUUGUGUCAGAUGGUCUUAAAUAACGGGACAUAUAACGGUAGGAGAAUCUUGACUUCGAAAAGCGUUGACUUGAUGUUCACCAACUUCAACGGGAAGUUUCCCGGCGAUGAACAUGGCGUUGGGUUUGAAUUGAACCAGUCUUACUUCUCUGGGCCUAUGGCUAAUAUCCAGGCCGGUGGCCAUACUGGGUUUACAGGGACAUCACUUGUGGUUGAUAGGGCCUCCGAUACAUUCAUGGUUCUUCUGGCUCAUGCUGUGCACCCGAAUCGGACUUGGUCUAGUAAUAAUAUCGUUCGGCAGGCACUAGGUUACUGGGUGGCUCGGUCGCUUGGUCGGGAUGUUGCUUUCCCGCUCUGA